UGACGCACCAGCUGUGAGGCACCCCCUCCCCUUCGUGGAAUACGUAACAGUGAUAAAAAUACAACUAUUGAAAGUAGAAACAAAAUCAGUUGAAGCUGGCGAACGUAAUAUUGAAUAACGUGAUGAAGUCAUUUAAGGAAUCGCUUGCGAAUGCAAAAAAUAUAUUAAUAUUGACGGGUAGCGGUAUAUCGGCGGAAUCUGGGAUACCGACAUUCAGGGGUGCUGGAGGAUUCUGGAGAACGUAUUUGGCCCAGAGUUUGGCAACACCCCAUGCUUUUAAGAGUAAUCCAUCCCUCGUGUGGGAGUUUUAUGAGUUCCGGAGGAAUGGAGCUGCUAAAGUACAGCCCAAUAAGGCGCAUGAAGCAAUUGCAAAUUUCGAGUUGCGAUUAACAAGAGAAGGUAAAAAUGUGACGGUAGUAACCCAGAACAUCGACGGCCUCCACCAGAGAGCUGGAACCAAGAACAUAAUAGAACUUCACGGUUCCCUCUACAAGACCCGUUGCACAAAGUGCGAAGACAUCGAGAUCAACCACACAAUUCCCAUCUGUCCUGCCCUAGAUGGAAAAUGUUCUCCAGAUCCGGAUGCUAUGACUUCGGAUAUUCCAAUCGAAGAACUUCCAAAGUGCAAGAAAAACUCUUGUGACGGUUUAUUGCGACCACACAUAACAUGGUUUGGGGAAAGUUUAGAUGCUGAUGUGCUUGAUAAAGCUGAGCAAGCGGUGGAGACCUGUGAUGCUUGUCUCAUCAUUGGAACGUCCUCAAUGGUCUAUCCAGCUGCGAUGUUUGCACCUAGAGUUGCUGAACGAGGAAUUCCAGUUGCUGAAUUCAACAUCGAAGAAACAGACGCCACGAGAAAAUUUCAGUACCAUUUCCAAGGGCCUUGCACAGCAACAGUACCUGAAGCACUAGCCUAAGUGCAUAAAUAAAAAAAUGACGUAGUUUAAACAUCAACGAAUUCAUCAAUUAGGUCAUCACUAAAAUCAUCGUAAUUUAUUUAAAAAAUUGUAGAUAAUUAAAAAGGUAUUUUCCAAAUUGAAAGAAGUCCAAAA